AUGAAGGCAGAGGAGACGCAGAAAGGAGGCACAGGGAUCGCCGAGGACGUACAAGAGUCGUUGUGGUCGGCGAAUAAAGGCAGAGAGGUCGCAGAGAGGACGCAGAGAGGACGCAGAGAGAAGGCACAAGGUGAACAGGAUUACAUCACAGAUUCAUAUGAAGACCAUUCAGCGACCUCUCAACUGAGAACGAAGCGACCUCAGCCAGACCUCAGCCAGACCUCAGCCAGACCUCAGCCAGACCUCAGCCACACCUCAGCCAGACCUCAGCCAGACCUCAGCCAGACCUCAGCCAGACCUCAGCCAGACCUCAGCCACACCUCAGCCAGACCUCAGCCACACCUCAGCCAGACCUCAGCCACACCUCAGCCAGACCUCAGCCACACCUCAGCCAGACCUCAGCCAGACCUCAGCCACACCUCAGCCACACCUCAGCCAGACCUCAGCCAGACCUCAGCCACACCUCAGCCAGACCUCAGCCACACCUCAGCCACACCUCAGCCACACCUCAGCCAGACCUCAGCCACACCUCAGCCAGACCUCAGCCAGACCUCAGCCAGACCUCAGCCAGACUUCAGCCACACCUCAGCCAGACCUCAGCCAGACCUCAGCCACACCUCAGCUAGACCUCAGCCACACCUCAGCCAGACCUCAGCCACACCUCAGCCAGACCUCAGCCAGACCUCAGCCACACCUCAGCCACACCUCAGCUAG